GAGAAGACGCCGAACGGCAAAAAAGUGGUUGAAAUUGUCCCUUCGUCUUGGGUGACAGACAAAAUUGAAGAGAGAGGGAUGUGCUGCUUCCCACCACACACAGAUUAUAACAAAUUGGAGAAAUGGGUGAGGAACGAGAUUUCGCCAAAAACUUCAUGGGAAAAAUUAGAGUGAAGUACACAAAGGCACAGAAGAAGUUUGAGAACUUCAGAUUUAGGAUCAACGGAUUCUGAAACCGAGAACCCAGUUAAACGAGUAGUUCAGCUCUCAAAGAAACGUGCCGCAUCCGAGAUGGGAACUGUUUUUUCGUUGAAUCCUCUAGAAAAUAUUCCGGAAGGAGGAGACGAUGUCUUAUCAGAAUCGUUCCACACUGACAAUCAGCCAGGGGAAACACAAUUGCCUACUGCUCCCCCACCAGUCAGAACACCCAAGUCAUCUGAUGUACCUCAACCAACACAUGAAAACGCUGGUUCGUUGAAAAUGGGAAAGAAAGCCGAGUUGACAGAGCGUCUUGUCAAACUGCGAGAAGAAGCAAGUGAUGAUCCGAUGAAACAAUUUUUUGUUGACUACUUCGACGCUUCGAUGAACUUACUCGUCUACAAGUUUAGAGGCGACUUGGAGAACCAGAGACGAUCGAAUCAAUAUGAUUUGAAGAAGACCAAGAAUGAAUUGAAAGAAUCGUUCAUCAUACGUCCACUCAUCCAGAAAGAGUCGACCACCAAACUGCUCGACAAGCUGGGAACAACUUUGCCCAUGAAGAGUCCAGGAGAUUUUGAAAAAUGGGAAAAAUCUCUAGAUCCGCAGGCCGAAGAAAAUCGAGAGAAACCUGAGGGAGUGACUGACAAAGUGACAGCUCUGAAACAGGACAUGACGAUUGAAACAUCCGGCUCCACAGAUCCAUCAACAGACGUGAAGAUACUUCUUGGUUUAUUAAUUACCAAAACGGUUCAAUUAGAGUACAGUGGCGCUGGUCGCAGAGUACGUGGUGUAGGGAAGAAAAAUUUCAGCGCGACGUUCACAUACAAGUGCAUGAAUGAGUUCCUCAUGGAAAAGUAUGGAAAAUCCACCAAGGAAAUGAAGGUCCUAUCCAUCACCAGCCAGUUUUUGUCAGGAGCUUCUGAUUGUGAAGGUGGACGUGCGGAGCAGGCAACACAGAACAAAGAAUAAUCGUCGCGGUAUUCGGUUCAACCAUUAGCUUUUUCCCCACUAUAUUUAUACGAAAAAAAUCUGAAAGUCAUCAACCUCAAUUCAAAGUCUUCCAAGCUAAUAAUUCAGAGUAUAAUCUAUUGUAUUUUUCCUCGUUAAGUUGAUUGAAACAAGGUACA